AGAGUUUCCUUCUCUCUCCACUCUCCACUCUUAUCCUCUUCCUCCCUGCAGCUCGACUAUCCCCUUCCUCCUCCUCCUCCUCCUCCUCUGACACCAUGACUGUGGGGAACAUGGACAGUGCUGAGCUGUUUGAUGCUGGGAAGAAGGGUCGAGGCCUGAGAGCCAGAAAGGACCUGAACGCCGGGGACGUGGUCUUCUCCGAGUCCAGCUUCUCUGCUGUGGUCUUCGACAGUUUGGUCACCAAGGUGUGCCACAGCUGUUUCCGGCACCAGGCCGACCUCCACCGAUGUGCUCAGUGCAAAUUCGCCCAUUACUGCGACCGCACCUGUCAGACCGCGUGCUGGAGCGAACACAAACACGAGUGUGGAGCCAUCAGGAAGACCGGGAAGGCUCCGAGUGAGAGCGUGCGUCUGGCUGCUCGUGUGCUGUGGCGCGUGCACAAGGACACGGGCAUAGUGUCCGACAGUCAGCUGAUCUCCGUGGAUCAGCUGAAGGAUCAUGUGACCGACCUGCCUGAAGAGGGCCUGAAGCAGCUGCAGACCGACGUGCUCACCUUCUUUGCUUAUUGGUCUCAUGGAAGAAAGCAGCACUCUGUGGAGUACAUCUCCAAACUCUUUGGCAUUAUCAAGUGUAAUGGCUUCACGCUGAGUGACCAAAGAGGCCUUCAGGCUGUGGGUGUGGGUCUUUUCCCAAACCUCUGUCUGGUGAACCAUGACUGUUGGCCCAACUGCACCGUCAUCCUCAACCACGGCAACCAAUCAGCGCUGAGCUCUGCCCUCCACUCUCAGAGGAGGAUCGAGCUGCGAGCUGUGGGGAAGAUCUCCGAGGGUGAGGAGCUGACCGUGAGCUACGUGGACUUCCUCAACCUGUCUGCUGACCGCCAGAAGAGCCUGAGGGAGAGUUUCCACUUUGAGUGCACCUGCCAACACUGCAGCGAGAAGAUCAGUGACGACCUGAUGACUGCCACCGCAGAGAAGGACGGAAGCAAACCGUCUGCUGAUAAGGUGAAGGAGAUCAUCGCCCUCAGUAAGGAGUAUCUGGAGAGGAUUGAUAUUGCCCGUAUUGAUCGGGACUAUCAUAAGGUGGUGACCUUGUGCUGUGACUGUCUGGAGAAGCAGGAGAACGUGUUGGCCGACACUAACCUGUUGAAGCUGCGUGUGUUCAGCAUCACCAGUGAGGUGCUCUCUUUCCUGCGCAACUUCUCCGAGGCUGCAGACUACGCCCGCCGGAUGGUGGAGGGAUACACGAAGCUGUGCCACCCUAACAACGCUCUGCUGGGGAUGGCCACCAUGAGAGCCGGAGUCACUCACUGGCACGGCGGACAGAUUGAGACCGGACACAAGUUCAUCUGCAAGGCUUACGGCAUCCUGAUGGUGACGCACGGACCCAACCACGCUAUCACCAAGGACCUGGAGUCCAUGCGCACGCAGACUGAACUGGAGCUGAAGAUGUUUAAUGAGGACGAGAAGAAGUACCAGAGCAUGAGAGACGCCGCUCUGCAGAUCCCCGUCUGAAUAUGAGGAAGAGGUCUUUACUGCAAGACCCUCACCUUCAUCACCUUCAUCACUGAAACAUGAGUCUCCACUGCAAGACCCUCACCUUCAUCACUGAAACAUGAUGAUGACGUGCUCAUGCAGUAUGUCUGAUAUUACACUGUUCUGUUCAAACUAAUAAAACAGUCCAGAAGG